AUGGUAGCUUGCCUUGGUGAUGAUCCACUGAGCCUUGGAGCCAUUCUGCCCAAGCGGAUCAGGCUCCUCCUGUCCAUCUCCAAGUGCAAGCGCGACAUGAUGUGCGAUGUCGCCAACUCGCUGGACGUGAGCAGCAACCUGUGGCCGUCUGCGCUUGACGAGAGCAAGGCACGGGACAGCGCCCCUGAUCCGUAG